GCUCAUCCUGCAAGAAAAAUCCACACUCAGCCAAAAUUCUCCGGAUGAAAGAUUCACUUCAAAUGAGAAUAUUCAUUCCUUGACGGCUAUAACACGAAUCAAGAUUCUCUCCAGUCACUCAACCUGUUUAAUCAAUCCCUAGGGGAAUUUGUUCGUAUCUUAUCAAACAUUUUACGGAGUAAUAAAUUAAAUUGGCGAAAGUAUCAAAAAUUAUGAUGGCAUCAACUGAAACUAUGAAAGAGUUUGAAACAAAAAACUUUACUCUUCCAGUUGAUGCAGAGCACAAGGCUACAACCAUUCACUUAUUAUCAGUAGCAAAGCCUCAUAUGCGCGCAUUUCAUCUAUCUUGGCUUCAAUUCUUUGCCUGCUUUCUUUCAACCUUUGCUGCUCCACCUCUUCUUCCUAUCAUCCGCGACAAUCUUAAUCUUACUGCUACUGAUAUUGGUAAUGCAGGAAUUGCAUCAGUUUCCGGUGCUGUGUUUGCUCGGUUAGCCAUGGGAACCGCCUGUGAUUUAGUUGGGCCUCGAGUUGCUUCUGCAGCACUCACCCUCCUCACUGCACCAGCAGUUUACCUAUCUGCUAUAGCAGAGUCACCCACCGCCUUUUUGCUAGUCCGGUUUUUCACAGGCUUUUCUUUAGCCACUUUUGUAUCAACCCAAUUCUGGAUGAGUUCCAUGUUUUCUUCACCAGUAGUUGGCCGGGCUAACGGUAUUGCAGCCGGGUGGGGCAACCUUGGAGGUGGAGCAACCCAGAUGAUCAUGCCUCUUGUGUACACUAUCAUUCUUAGGAUGGGAUCUGCAAAUUUUACAGCAUGGAGAAUAGCAUUCUUCAUUCCUGCUGUUUUACAGACUGUGUUGGCAUUUGCAGUGUUGAUAUUCGGACAAGACAUGCCUGACGGUAAUUUCCAGCAGUUGCAUAAGUCAGGUACAAAGCAUAAAGAUAAGUUUUCAAAGGUUGUAUAUCAUGGACUCACCAAUUACAGGGGAUGGAUUACUGCUCUGUGUUACGGGUACUGUUUCGGGGUGGAGUUAACAGUGGAUAAUAUCAUUGCUGAGUACUUUUUUGAUCGAUUCAAUCUCAAUCUUCAUACAGCAGGGCUUAUAGCAGCUUGUUUUGGUCUGGCUAAUUUUUUUGCCAGGCCAGGAGGUGGAUUGGUGUCAGAUCUUCUAGCAAAGAAGUUCGGAAUGAGGGGAAGACUCUGGGGCUGGUGGAUUAUCCAGACUGUAGGUGGAUUAUUAUGCAUUCUUCUUGGAUUGAUGAACUCUUUAAGUGGAUCAAUUGCAGUGAUGCUUGUCUUCUCUGUGUUUGUUCAAGCAGCCUGUGGCCUUGCAUUUGGGGUUGUUCCUUUUGUCUCCAGAAGAGCAUUGGGUGUGAUUUCUGGUAUGACAGGAGCCGGUGGAAAUGUGGGUGCGGUCUUAACUCAAUUGAUAUUCUUCAAAGGAUCUCAAUACACAACAGAAAGGGGAAUAACUUAUAUGGGCGCUAUGAUUGUAGCAUGUACUCUUCCCAUAUCUGCCAUAUACUUCCCACAGUGGGGAGGUAUGUUUUGUGGUCCUAAAUCAGAAUUUUCAGAAGAUGACUAUUAUAAAGAGGAAUGGGAUUCAAAGGAGAAGCAGGAAGGACAUCAUCAGGCAAGUUUGAGGUUUGCGGAAAGUAGCAAGAGUGAAAGAAGCAAAAAAGAUCAAUGUGCAGUCUCUGCACCCCCAGCAAGCAAGCCUGUGUAAUGUCUAAUAUACUGCCCUUAGCUUCUUUAUUUGUUACACUAUCUGAUGAUGUGUUGAAAGUCUACGGUACUUAUACUCUUCGUAUUAUGUAAAAUACCAUGUCAAAUAGUUUGACACUCACAUAAGGGUCUGAAAUCCUUAUGCAAUACAGAUCAAUUUCGCCUCCAGGCAAGAACAGUCAUUUAGCCUCUUAUCCUCUUAAUUAGUUACA